AUGCAUUUGAUGUACACUUUAGGCCCAGAUGGGAAACGUAUUUACACGUUGAAGAAGACCGCUGAAGACGGCGAAAUUACGAAAUCUGCGCAUCCUGCCAGAUUUUCUCCCGACGACAAAUACUCCAGACAAAGAGUUACGCUCAAGAAAAGAUUUGGGCUUUUGCCUGGCCAGAAAUGA